CAUUCGCGUGCGCCACGGCCAGUGCCCAAUCGGUGGAAGGACGGCAAGGAAGCAGAGAAAACGAGUAGCGAACCAUUUCGCAAGAUUCGAGAAUUUCAUAAGUUCUGCGGCUGUUACCACGAAUGCAAAAACAUGAAACAACCGAGAGCCGGUCGUAUCGUCCCGUCGGGAUUGGAGAUCCUGCUGCUGGUAGUGGCAAUGAUGGUGUUGCUGCUCGCAGCCACCAUCCCAGCGACGCAUGCUCGCACAACGGUCCGUACGGCGCAGGACACAACCAGGAAGCCCUUCACCACCACCGCCAGCAGCUCCGACUCCCAACCAUCAAAACCAGGCGGCGGCUCGGUACAGCAUCCACCGGAUGAGACUAAAACGGAUGGUAACACCGGAACGAGCGUAGUUGUGCACUGGAAGCUGACCUGUGAACAGCUCUGCAGUGCGGGACUUGGUGGUCCCAGCUGCGGAGCUUCAUGGUUGCGUCCCACAACUACCGACCCCACUCCACUCCCGCUGGAUAACGCAACACUCGACGCAGUUUGUCCAUCGCUCUGUGUCAACGGUCUCGGUGUGUCCAAGUGCAAGUGCAACAACCACAAAUUGCGGGGCCACUCCAACCAGGAUCUCGUCUGUGCUGCAUUCUGUUCGGCGGCCAACCUGCAGCUCAAGGGUUGCAGUCGGUGCGACGGAUCGGACGCACCGUCGUCGACCACCGCGCCGGAUCCAGUGCGGAAUGCGAUGGAGAUCGUCCAGACUACGACACCGAACUGGGACGAACUGUGCUCGGUGUUUUGCAAAAUGGGAGACGGCGGGACACUGUGCAAUUGCGAUCUGCCACCGUUCUUCUGAAAUGGUCGCCGGCGGCCAUUCAACGUCGUAUGAUUUCCAUUUUAUCGUCGUCGUGUGCGCGUGAAGCUGCAAAUAGAAACACCGAACACAUCGAAAUGAAUUCCGUUAAUUUCUCUUCAUUUACGGUAUUGAAAGACGACGCCCAGGGGGGUUAUGGAAAAGGUGCAGCAAGAGGUGCACGGUUUGAUGGAGACAAAGCAGCAUUUCAUCACAACAUAUCACGAGUGGACAAAGACCGGACGAUAAACAGUCGGCCGGACUCUUGCAAUCCAUCUCUUAUCAUGAAAAUCACUCAGUUCCUUCCGUUGGUAUUCUUCAGAGCGAUCGAGCGAGGUUAGUAGUAGGUUAGUAGAAGAAGAAGAAGAAGAUGAAGAAGAAGGUUUAGCUGAACAACAUUCAGACCCAAAACAAAAUGACAAAUAUCACUCAAAGGGCUUCCAGAGGCAGGGGAUGUUAGAGAAAAAGAGCGAGUAGAUGCGGAUGCAGCGUAUUCGGUUGCUAGGUGACGACCAGAUUGAAGACGGUUCCGGUCAAAAGCCGGAGUUCAACUUCUACCCGGGUCCCAUUAGGCGACCAGUAGUCAUGUAGUAGUUUUGCACAAGUUCUCAGUUCUAGCGUAACGUCUUGGUCUAGUUUAGAAUUGUUGCGUUUCUCGAUUAUAAUCCCGUCAAGCGGCCUGGAGGAGCGGAACGAGGACCAGUCCCCAGCCACCUCUGGUGCCAUGCGACAAGAAAAUUAAACUAAGAAAACUCCUACCGCCGAGGCACAGCCGGGAUCACCCAAUUCCGGUUGACAGGGCGUAGGAUGUUGACUACCCUUCCGCGUGUCAAUUUGUUUAGGAUUAAUUCUCUUACGAAACCUACGUUUCUGUGCGGUGGAGGCGCAUCUUACACCCGAGACCGCAGCACAGCAGCAGCAGCAGCAGCAGCAGCAGAACUGAGUAAUGAAGUGCGAUUGUAUGUGUGAGUGCGUGUAUGUGUGCGUGGAUUAAUGAGCGAUGAGAUGUGCGUGCGUGCACGACGCAAAUGACUAGUUUCUUGACCGCUUCCAACGCAGAUAAGUUUCUCCUUGCCUCUAGAAAAAAAAGAACUCCAUUCCAAAUGCACCACAAUCCUUCCCUUUCCUUAUGCGGCGCCUGAGUUCAGGAGGUAAUGUCAGAUUAAAUACUUCAAACCACAUCAUACAAAUGAUUCAUGGUCAUGCAUAAUGAAACAACCGCACGACGAAAAGGGCCAAACAACUACGCGAGGCCUCCCAUCAUUCAUUCAAGGCAUCAUCUCCACAACACGUGGACAUUUCAUUAGAACGAGGACGUCAUUGUCAUGUGAAGAAGAAGCAGGAGAGAAGGUAUAAAAUUUCUUUCGAAAUUCGAAUUGCAAUUCCUAUAAAAGCAAAUUGCAAAACGCUGUGAAAGACAAUAAAUCCCAAAUAAAUACAAAUUUGGAACAAUGCCCUCAAGGAAGGUGAGGAGUGAAGGGUUAGGUGGUAGGAUUAAAGAAAAAAAACAAACAAAACACAUGCGCUAAACUAUUCUAACAAAAAGCUAAAGAACACAAUGUAACCAAAUACACAAGACCCAUUAACGCGACGGUA